AUGUUUGCAGAAGCGGAUUCAUCAAUUAUCACUACCCUUGCAGAACUUGGACAAGCUGCUCAUCCAAAUGAAGAAAUUGUCGCAGGCAUUGAGAAGUCUGUCUGUCUGCCAUAUCAACCAAGAACAAAAUUUAUGACUGUUAAAGACCUACGAUGGGGCCUUUUCAAGAAAAAAACAAGCACAAUCAGACAGGUUGCCACCAACACAGGCCGCAUUGCAGCAGGCAAUCCUGAGAGCCCAUUACCAGUUGAUGGUCUGGAACAGCGACAGAAUAACAAACCCAGAGUUACCAUCACCGCAGCACUAUGA